AUGUUUGCUGAUGCUCCUGCUUAUUAUGAGAUUGUGACCCCAGUAAUGGGUGGAAAUACGAGAUUUGAGUUGACAUCGGCCAGCCCUGAGACCAGUUACUACGAGGGGCAAAGGGGAUACUCUACUCCCACUUUGGAUAGAUCAACAAGUUUCAGAGAGAGCGUAGAUAACAAAUAUGUUGCUUCCGGAAAGGCAAAUUCUAGAGGAACUGUUUCCACUUCGGGAGAUGUGACUACAUUAUCUCAAUGCCUAAUGUUGGAGCCAAUUGCUAUCAAUGAUCAAAAGCAUGCACGGUCUGGGGAUUUGAGGAGGGUUCUUGGUUUUUCUGUUGGUAGCAAUUCAGAAGACAACUCUUUUGGUGCUGCUCAUUUAAAGAAUUCAUCACCCGGGGCGGUGGAUGAAUUGAAGCGAUUAAGAGCAAGUGUUGCAGAUACUUGUGUUAAAGCUAGUGGUAGAGCAAAGAAGUUGGAUGAUCAUUUGAAUAAGUUGAACAAAUAUGUUGAUGCGGUGUCCUCCAAAAAGCAGCAGCAAAGGAAUGAGAUGCUGCCUAAUGAACGGUCAAGUGGGUCAACCUUGAAGACUGGAUCCAUGAUGCAUCGAAAUACUGCUGAAUUUGGAAAUCUAAUGUUUGAUGAGAGGCCUAAGAAUGGUGGAUUGAAUAAGCGCUUACGGACAUCAGUUGCAGAAACUCGGGCAGAAUGUAGGGUUGGUGGAGCACCGCGGCAACCUGUGGCACCGGCAAGAGAAAGAGACAUGCUUAAAGAUAACAAUGCAGAUCCUGAUACUGUUGAGGGUAAAAUAAGAAGAUUACCUGCUGGUGGAGAAGGAUGGGACAAGAAAAUGAAAAGGAAACGCUCAGUUGGUGCAGUCUUUUUGAGAUCUAUUGAUAACGAUGGGGAACUAAAAAGAACUGUGCAUCGUAAGUUGCCUGGUGAAUCUAGCCUGCAAUGUGAUUCUGCCCCUAGUAUCAGGUCAAGUGCUUCUGGUAGCAAUAACAAACUAGAUCCAGUUUCAUCUCCUGCCGGUUCAAGUGCUCGUACAGCCUUAAAAAAUGAACAAGAAAAAUCCAUGCUCUCAAGGGAUCUCUUGUCAGGAUCAAUGAAGGAGCAAACCUUAGGAAAACUAAAUGUUAGGAUGGGUAAUCGUGAGGACAUCAAUGCUAUAUGUCCUAGUCCAAUAUUAAAAGGGAAGGCUUCAAGGGCACCACGGAGCGGAUCUAUGGUUUCAGCUAGUUCAACUUCUAACAUACCUCGUGUAUCUGUGACUUUGGAGAGCUGGGAACAGCCACAAGCAGUACAUAAAACCUCCACUACUUGUGGGGCUAACAAUCGGAAACGUUCGAUGCCUGCUGGAUCAUCAUCUCCACCCAUUACUCAAUGGGUUGGUCAGAGGCCACAGAAGAUCUCACGAACCAGGAGGACAAACCUUAUCCCUGUAUCAAGCCAUGAUGAUGUCCAGAUGCAAUCUGAAGGAUGCUCACCUUCAGAUUUUAGCACCCGGUUUAGCAGUGGCACCAAUGCCACUCUUCCCACCAAGGGUUCUGCCAGUGGAAAAUUAAAUUUUAAAUCAGGAUCCGGAAAUGAUCCGUCUCCUGUAAGAUUGUCAGAAAGUGAAGAAUCGGGUGCUGGUGAAAUCAGAAUAAAGGAAAAGGGUUUAGGCAGUGGAGAUGGGGAAGAGAAGGAUGCAAAUGCUGCUCCGAAUGUUGGGCCAUCUGCAAUCCCCGUGAAAAAGAAUAAACUUGUGGUCAAAGAAGAAAGUGUUGAUGGCGUGAGGAGACAAGGGCGUAGUGGGAGGAUUUCACCAUUUUCUAGGACUAGUCCGUCACCAACAAUAGAGAAAAUGGAUAAUGAGGGGACAACUAAACCUCAACGGAAUGCAAGGUCUUCUGAAAAGAAUGGAAGCAAGUCAGGCCGUCCUCUGAAGAAGCUUUCGGAUCGCAAAGGAUAUUCUCGUCUUGUCCAUAUUGCCAAUGGUGGCUCCCCUAGUUGUAGUGGUGAAUCGGAGGAUGAUCGUGAGGAGCUCAUGGCUGCUGCUAACCUGGCUUGCCAUGCUAGUCUUAAUGCUUGUACAAGUGCAUUCUGGAAAACAGUAGAGUCCUUGUUUGCUUCCAUUGGCCCUGAUGAAAAGUCAUUUUUAUCAGGACAGGUCAAAUUAGCUGUAGAAUCAUGCACAAGUUAUUAUCCCAACUAUGUCUAUGGAAAUAAUGUUCAAGUGAAAUUGGCUGAUUAUUCCCAUGAAGAUACUGCAGCGCCUGAUUCUUUCAAUUUUGGAGGAUAUAGAAGCAUAAAAAGUGAAAUUGGGUCAAAGAACUCUUUGGAUCGGAUGGGAUGCAUUGCGCCGCUCGAAACUUCCCCUCUAUAUGGUUGCUCAGAAAGAGAGAAAAGAUACGAUGUACUUCCUCCACUUUAUCAAAGGGUACUCUCCGCUCUCAUUGUUGAAGAUGAAAUUGAAGAAUCUGAAGACACUGGUUUUGGGAGGAUGAGGAGCUCAUUUAAUGAUUCAUGCUUCCUUAUUGGUGCCGACUGUGAACCCAUUGAUAAGAUGAGCCUCAGUGGGCCAAUGUUUGGUGCGCAAUCUCUGAGAACGGGCAAUGCACACAUAAUCUUUUCAUGUAAUGGAAGCGCGGACUAUGAUAGGAGUCAUAAUACUCAAAAUCAUUUUGGUAAUGGUGAGCUGCUGCAAAGAGAGGGGGGCUAUGUGCACUCUGAGGUUGAAGUGUUGGUUAGACUCUCAACAUGUGAUUAUGUUCUCCAAAGUCUGCAGACGAGUAACUGUGACAUUUCUUCUUACGAGUGCCAGUAUGAGCAGAUGUGUGUUGAAGAAAAGCUUGUACUCGAAUUGCAGAGUGUUGGUCUGUACCUGGAAGCCGUGCCUGCUUUGAACGAUAAAGAAGAUGAGGCGAUAAACGAGGAAAUUGUACAACUAGAGAAGGGACUUCAUGAACAGAUGGGGAAGAAGAAAUCUUGCUUGAAUGCUAUAUGCAAGGCUGUUCAGGAAGGCAGGAAUAUUGUAGGAAGAGACCCGGAGCAGACUGCGAUGGACAAACUUGUUGAGUUGGCGUACAAGAAACUUUUGGCAACUAAAAGAAGCUUUGCUUCUAAGCAUGGGAUAAGUAAGGUGUCAAAACAAGUUGCUUUGACAUUUGCAAAGAGGACACUCACGAGAUAUCGAAAAUUCGAGAUGGAUUCAAGAACAAGCUGCUUUUCGGAUCCUACACUCCGGGAUAUCAUUUUUACCGCACCACCUCGUUUUGAUGAAACAGAGAUGCUUAUUGGUGCUGGUCAGACACUUGCUAAUGAUGCAUUUGAUGUUCCGGUUCAUCAAUCGGAGCGGGCUUUCGCGAAAAAUGGGCCAAUAACCAAUAGAGCAAAGAGGAAGGAGCUAUUUCUCGAUGAUGUUGGAGGAGCUGUUUUCCGAGCCUCAUCUACUAUGAGCGGCGAACGCAGAGCAAAAUCUAAGCCCAAGCAGAAAAAUGCAGAGCCAUUGUCUGCAGCUAAUGGCUUUAACGAUAAAUCCUCGGAGUUUGCUAAUCUGCCGCUGAACGAUAUAGACGGCAUUGAUGAGCUGGGUGUGGAUUCGGAGAUUGGGGAGCCGCAGGAUCUGAAUUCGUGGUUUAACUUUGAAGUGGACGGAUUACAGGAUCAUGAUUCAGUCGGGCUUGAGAUACCUAUGGAUGACUUGGCCGAACUUAACAUGUUCUGA